AUGUCUGAUUUCUAUUCGGGACGACAAGCUUUGGUGAUAUGUCUCAUCUUUGUGCUUCUCGAUUUUACGGUGAACUGGUUCGGUUUAAUGUGGAACGGGAAAUAUUUCACAAUUGAUAACAUCUAUCAUUGGUUCAAUCUUCACGACUACAAAUUCACCGUGAAUCCGGUCGAUUUUCUGGCGGUCGCUUUCCUCCGUGAUUGCAUUCUUUUGGGUGGCGCUGUUGGUGUUUGGACGGUUCCACAGGGCGGAAGUCAAGCUGCUGCAAAGUUCUCCAAUGUCGUUUUCGCAAUGAUGCUUCUCAUUUUGGCGUUUUCCCCAUCGAAAUUGCUGGCUUUCUACGAGGAUGAAUCAUUGAAAUUGGCUGUCGGUGAUUGGGUGCUGAUGAUCUGGUGUGUGAUUGCCUCGCUUUUCGUUCAGUUCAUUUGGCAAAGUGUACUGUGUCGAGUCCGUGAAACAGUGCCCGGCGAUGGAAAUGAGCCACUCUUCUCAGACAAUGACUUCGAAGCGACAAUCAGAGAAGAAGAGAACGCGAAAGCCGCUGCCCAACGGGAAACCUUGAGCAUUCUAUUCCGCUUGUUGAGCUACAUGAAAAGAGAAUGGCGUUUCUACAUGAUGGCUUUCUUCUUUUUGUCACUCUACUCAUUAUCUCGUGUCUUCAUCCCGUAUUACACCGGUGAAGUGGUGUCAGCGGUUUUCGGUGAAAAAGCCAGCUACGAGCGACUCCAUAAAACCGUGCUCAUCAUGGCGAUUCUCUCGUUUUCCGGCGCCGUUUUCGGUGGUUUCCGUGGUGGCAUGUUCACCUAUGCACAAGCGAGAAUCGAUCGACAAAUCCGAAACGAUCUCUUCCGAUCAAUUGUCAAACAGGAGAUCGGCUUUUUCGAUCAAAACAAAACUGGUGAAAUCGUUUCUCGUCUAACAGCUGAUUGCCAAACAAUGUCCAACACUUUAUCACUUUAUAUUAAUGUCUUAUCAAGGAAUUGUUUCAUGUUGUUCGGCUCGGUGAUCUUCAUGUUCACUCUUUCGUGGAGAUUAUCGAUGAUUACCGUAAUCGCGAUCCCAAUCAUUUUCUUGCUCUCAAAAGUUUUCGGCGUUUAUUAUGAUAAAUUAUCGGAAGAUUCAAUGAACGCCACAGCGAAAGCGAACGAUGUAGCCGAAGAAGUGCUAUCAGCCAUUCGAACUGUCAAAAGUUUUGCUUGCGAGAAAUUCGAGGGAUUGAGAUUCCUCGGUUUCCUUGACAUCACCCUGCAAAUUGGCACGAAAAAAGCUUUCGCCGUCAUUGCUUUCAUUUGGAGUUCGGAGCUUCUUCAAAUGGGCAUCCUGACGGUUGUUCUAUGGUAUGGUGGACAUCUUGUCAUUCAGAAAAAGGUGGAAUCAGGUCUUCUUGUCUCUUUCCUUCUCUAUCAAUUUCAAUUGGGUGAAAAUUUGAGGGAGUUGGGCGAAGUGUGGAAUGGUUUAAUGCAAGCCGUCGGUGCGUCACGGAAAGUUUUCGAAUUCAUCGAUCGAGAGCCGAUCAUCAGCAAUAAUCACAAUGGUCAAAGCCCACCAAAUAUCAAAGGUCGAAUCGAGUUCCGAAACGUCGCUUUCAGCUAUCCGAUUCGACCGGAUUUGCCUAUUAUGGAGGAUCUCUCGUUCACAGCGGAACCCGGAGAGGUGGUAGCCCUGGUCGGGCCAUCAGGUGGCGGAAAAUCAUCGUGCAUCGCCAUGCUUGAGCACUUCUAUGAGCCGACAUCGGGUGAAGUGCUCCUUGACGGGAUCCCGAUCAAUCAAUAUGACCAUAAAUAUCUGCACAACAAGGUGGCCCUCGUCGGACAAGAACCCGUCCUCUACGCUCGCUCAGUUUACGAAAAUAUUGGAUACGGAAUGGACUAUUUCACGGAGGACAUGGUGCAAAACAGUGCAAAACUCGCGAACGCACAUCAAUUCAUCAUGGACACGCAUGAGGGUUACAACACGGAUGUCGGCGAGAAAGGAAGUCAAAUGAGUGGUGGUCAAAAGCAGCGGAUUGCCAUUGCCCGUGCACUUGUGCGUGAUCCGGUGGUUCUUCUUCUCGACGAGGCCACAUCAGCUCUUGAUGCUGAAUCCGAGCACUCAGUUCAAGAAGCUAUCUCGAAAAAUCUGAAAGGACGAACGGUUAUCCUGAUCGCUCAUCGUUUGAGUACCGUCGAAAAUGCGGACAAGAUUGUCGUCAUCAAUAAGGGACGCGUCGAACAAAUGGGAAAACACAGUGAAUUGAUUAAACAAGAGGGAUUAUAUAAACAGUUGGUGCAACGGCAAAUGAUGGCAAGCGAAGAGAGCCCAGCUGUCCCUCCACCCCAACCAGCCACACCGAAAGGCCGACGAAUCAGAAGAGACUCCGUUUCCGGCGGUGCCAAUUCUUUCCUCGGUACAUCAUUCGCCGGUUCUUACAUC